UCAAAACACUCGGGAUUUACUCACAGUAGUUACAGGCAAGCGCCGUCGGCCAUGAUGGCAGCAGCAGCAGGACCUAAUACAAGUAAUUUUGCCCAAAGUUCCGCUUUUGCCGACGCAGUUCAGCGUGCCAGACAGAUCGCUGCUAAGAUCCAACCGUCCGGUCAAAAGCGUCCCUUGGAAGAGGCAGAAGGCGGCAUGGAUCGUUUACCAGGUCCUGAUGCCAAGCGACCCCCAGGUGGUGGUGGUGGUGGCGGCGGCGGCAGCGGAGGCGGUGGUGGCGGAGGAGGAGGAAGUGGCAGUGGAGGCGGAAGUGGAAGCGGCAGCUCCAGUGGUGGUGGCGGAGGAGGUGGUGGUGGUGGAGGUGGGGACGGAGUCUUCAUGGGAGGGCCAUUGAUGGGUGGUCCAGGUGGUCCACCUGGAGGUGGAGGCCCUCCAGGUGGUGGCGGUCCUCAUCGUGGUCUUGGAGCAGUCGAGUCUGAUGAGAUCCAGGUUCCAGACAAGAUGGUUGGCCUUAUUAUUGGACGUGGUGGAGAACAGAUCACGCGGUUACAGCGGGAAUCUGGAGCAAAGAUUCAAAUGGCACAAGAUAGUGGGGGUUUACCUGACCGGUUAUGCACAAUUUCUGGGCCAAGGGAAGCAAUCAAUCGUGCAAAAGAAAUGAUCUUUGAAAUUGUAUCUCGUGGAGAUGGCCCUCCUGAUAGGAGGGGUCGUGGAGGAAUGGGUGGUGGUGGAGGCGGCCCAAUGGGACCUCCAGGGAUGGACAUGGGUGGUAAUGCUGCUACCGUAGAGAUUAGCAUUCCUGGUCCUAAAGUCGGACUUAUUAUUGGGAAAGGUGGUGAAACGAUUAAGCAGUUGCAGGAGAAGUCUGGUGCGAAGAUGGUUAUUAUACAAGACGGUCCUCAACAAGAAAAUGAAAAGCCCCUGCGCAUCACCGGAGAACCACAUAAGGUGGAGAUGGCCAAGCAGUUAGUGUACGAUCUUAUAGCUGAAAAAGAAACCCAGGCAGCACAGUUUGGUAAUCGAGGCCGUGGGCGUGGCGGGAACUUUGGAGAACGCAGAGGAGACCGUGACAGAGGAGAUAGAGGAGAUAGAGACCGCCGAGACAGAGACAGAGAUCGUGAUGAGUUUGGAGGGGGGGAUGAAAGAGGCUCUAACGACUUCGACCCUCAACAGGAUCGCUUCGGCGGAGGCCGCGGCGGUGGCCGUGGAGGGUUUAAUAAUGAUUGGGGUCGUGGUGGUCCAGGUGGUCCCCCAGGUGGACCCAUGGGUCGUGGUGGCUUUGGUGGGCCAGGUGGACCUGGGGGACCGGGUGGGCCAGGAGGUAUGGGAGGACCAGGGGGACCUGGAGGUCCGAUGGGUCGUGGUGGACCUAUGGGAGGACCAAUGGGUGGCGGCGGGGGUGGAGGUGGCAGCGGUGGUCGGGGUGGACCAAAUGAUAAAGUAGAGGCCUUCUUUAAUGUACCUGCAAACAAGUGUGGUCUAGUAAUUGGUAAAGGUUUUCCUCUGACAGGAGGAGAAACCAUCCGAACUAUCAAUCAACAAACAGGUGCCCAUUGUGAACUUGAUCGAAGACCCCCCAGCAAUCCUAGUGAAAAAACAUUUAUCAUCCGCGGUACUCCAGAGCAGAUAGACAAUGCUAAAAAAAUGAUUGCAGAAAAAGCAGGCAUGGGUGGGGGUGGUCCUGGUCAAAAUGGAACCAGUAAUCUUGCACCACAGGGAUGGGGUAAUGCAUAUCAACAGUGGAACCAAGGACAUCCUAACGACCCUACCAAACAAGCGGCUGAUGCAAACGCUGCUGCUUGGGCAGCUUACUAUUCUCAGUACUAUGGUGGACAGCAGAACCAAAAUACCCAGAAUAGUGGCCCACCAACCAGCCAGCCCCAGCCUAAUGCCAGCCAGCCGCCCACAGGUCCACAAGCUGGUGGUCAACCAGACUACUCAGCACAGUGGGCCGACUAUUACCGCAGUAUGGGGAUGCAUAGAGAGGCUGAGGCUAUAGAACAACAAGCUAAAGGAAUCAAGGUUGGAGGACCUGGAGGCCCGAAUGCUACGCCACAACAGGGUGGAGGUGUGCAGGCGGCAAACCCAGGAGGUGGCGUGGGAGCAGGCACUGGUGCUCAAGAUUACUCUCAACAGUGGAUAGAGUACUACCGGUCACAAGGCAUGCACGCGGAGGCUGAGAAGAUAGAAGCCCAGAUCAAAGCUUCCAAGGGAGGAGUGGGUGGGGCACCGGCAGUCCCCAGUGUCCCACAUCAGCUUGGAGGAGCCCCAGGAGCAGCAGCAGCAGCAGUUGCAGCAGCAGCAGCAGCAGCCACGGCAACUACAGCACCAGUAGCAGUACCAGUCAACGGUCAAGCUCCCGGCCAGCAGUCUGGUGCUGGGAUGAGUGACUUCUCCCAACAAUGGAUUGAGUACUACCGGUCACAGGGUAUGCACGCUGAGGCGGAUAAAAUUGAGCAGCAAUUAAAAGCUGCUAAGGGAGGUGCAGGAGGUCCACCUGGAGGGGGUCCCGGGGCGCCAAUGUAUAACCCCACGUUCAAUCAGGGAUAUUAGGCCACAUAGAUGUAGCACGUUGGGAAGCGACUUCUUCUCUUCUAGAUGACAGACCCAUUUGUUGUUGCCUUGAAGACUUCAGUUGUGGGUUGUUGGCCUCAAAAUGUAUCAUGUUGCGAUAUCUUAUUCGUGAUGUCAUGAUGUUCCCCGAUGAUAUGAGAUGCUAUUCAUAAGGAUGGUAUGAAGCUGCUGCAUACUUCAAGAUGUACAAUGAUUUUCGUGUCACUAUAUCUACCAUAAUUAUUAUAACUGUAAGAGGGUUCUUGUUAACUAAGCAAUUAUUUUCUUUUUCUUUUUUCUUUUCUUUUUUUAUUCUUUUUUUAUUAAAUCCUGUAAAUAUGCCACAUAGUUUACUCUUUCUAUAAUUAUGCCUAAUGUGAAAAAUAUACCUUGUACAAGAUAAUUGUAGGUUUAUUGCUGUGCUAGGGGAAAAAAUCUCAUUGUUUCGAUGGGGGUAGCUGGGGUGGGCUUCGCUGACCUCUCAGAAAUGUGCAUUCUUACUCUUUUAAGCCACGUACCAUGUGCCUAUUCUGCAUAUUAUUCUCCACACAAUCCCACUAUUAAAAAUGAUCCCUUAUUGUUUUUAUAUCAAUAAUGCAAUUGAAAUUUUUCAUGCAAUAUCCUAACCUCCUUUUACAGGUUAACAUUUCCGUGAUAUGCCAUUGCUUUUUUUUAUACAUAUAUAUAUAUACGUGUAUAUAUAUUAUAUAUACAAGAAAUCGUAUUAUUUAUACCGUAAUGCCAUUUCGGGAUAUUUGUGAAUGUCAUGUGUUUUGUUAUGGCCAAUAUCAUUACAGGCUAUUCAGGGAAAUGAGUUAAGGAGGAAGAAGAAACACAAUCACCACGCGACAAACAGGUAAAUGUAGUAAAUGAUACUUUAGAAUAUUAUUAUUAUGUCCAUUUACAUCCUCGUGGAUGAUAUUGAUACCGUAGUUUUAUUGCUAUGCCAUUGUGGCCCCUGCUGAUGGCUGGGGCACAUUUAUCAGUUACUAUUUUAUAUUUUAUAUUUGCAAUUGAUGUGUUAUUUUAUAUCCAUAUUUAUUUUUUUUUCAUUGAUUAUAUUGAAGGAAUGGUGCUCCUCCCUUGGUGUGUUUUCUCAAUAUGGCAUUGACUAUUACCUUAUGGUUUCCAUUAUGAACCGAACCCAUUUAUUAUUAUUAUUGAUACCCGCAUUAUUCUUACCGAUACCUGCAUUAUGAAUGAUAUGACCUACAUUCUGAUUGUCAGUGGUGGUGAGAGGUUCAGCUCAUUCCAAGCACAUGGGUGGGAAAUUGGGUGGGUAGGUCAUGUGCACUUGUGUAGGCCAGGUCAGCAAAAGUGUGUUCCUUUAUGUUUGAGAAAGUUGUCUAAUUGCGUAGGUUAGUAUUCCCUCUCGGUGGAAAGCACGUCUUAGAAAUUAUAUUUUUAUCGGUGGGUUUCAUCAGGUAAAUCCUCCCUAGCAUUUUUAAUUUUUCAAUUCGUCGUGACAUGAAGGUUUUUUCCACAAUGAAUUUUUGGAGUUUCACAGACUUGCUCAAUUGCUGCAACUGGCCGGUGUAUCAUUGAGACGACCAAUAAAAACCUUCCUAACUCCA